AUGUUGUGGUCUCUUGUCAGUUCAUUGAUAAAGCAUUCAUCAGUGUCUCACACGAUCGUAACGCCGCAAUACGUUCUCUCUCCCCGCAUUAUCGGCAAAUGCUCUGAUCAGCUGUUGUGUCGACGACAACAAAACAACUGGAAGCAGUCAAAACAAAUACGUCAUCAGUUGAACAAUCAGCUGGGCAACAGCAAUCAAUCUGGAAACAUGGCAAACAUUGAUAAUAUUCGGAUAAGUGUUAUACAACCUGAAGAUCGACAACGUGUUUUGGAUUUCCUGCGAAUCCACUACUACUGCGAGGAACCCCUAACAGUUGGCAGGGAACCCAAACAACAAGAUCCAGCCGAUGAGGAAUUCAAUUUGUCCAACAUAAAUCAUGGAACAUGCCUCAUGGCAAUUAAUACGGAAACCGAGUCCAUUGUUGGUGCCGUAUUGGCUGGCCCCAAGGGGCCCGAUGAGGCUGAACACCUUUUUGAAGAAGCUGCCGCAGAGGGACAAUCAAAAUGGGGAAUUAUUUUGAAAUUUUUAGCUGGUGUUGAACGUGAUGCCAAUGUUUUUCAACGUUAUGGCGUUCAGAAGGCGUUACACGCCCAUGUACUGGGAGUAGAUGGUGAAAUGCGGGGCAAAAAUAUUGGAGGUCGUUUAAUGUCGGAACUGAUGCGGCUUGGCAAAAAGCUGGGGUAUGAAAUAUUAACAGCGGAUUGUACGAGUUAUUAUUCCGCCAGACUAUGUGAACGUCUGGGUUGGGAAUGUAUAAAUGCUGCCUAUUACGCCGAUUAUGUUGAUGAUGUGAAUAAGAAGCCCGUUUUUGUUGUUCAGCCGCCUCAUGACUGUUGCCGGACUUUUGCUCAGCGCCUAUAA